AGCCACAUGCAUGAGUGUGCCCUGAAAUAUUUGGCAUGUCUGUUCCUGCUUGGUAGUCUUGAGACUCUGUCUGUGGACAGGAGAUCAUACGCUCAUGCCUGCAUAUCAGUCGGCUUCAUUCCAAAGGAAUGUAGGAAAAUGCACUGAAUGGAAUUGAGACUCUAACCUCUGUUCACCUGAGCAUGGCAACAGAAUGACUCCUUUGUGUAUAAUCUUGCAUUCUAUUGAGUUGCAUUGUGGCAUGGAUAAUCCACCCCCACCCCCUCCAUCCAAUGGUGCAGGGAUACAGUGGCAUACUGAAUAGGGUGUGAAUCCAGGACAGAUGACGUGAGUGAAUCACAAUUCAAAGCUGAUCAGGCAUAGCUCAGAACUCUUAUUUAGGCUUAAGGGGGAGGUGUGUGUGUUUACACAAGGCCUGUCUUAGGUCCUAGAUCCAUUAGUAUUGCAGAUGUGGGAUUGGGUACCUUCCCUGCCUAAACACACAGACACACACACACACCCCCUCCCCCGAUGACCGAGCAGAAAGGGAGGGUAAAUUCCCUUGUUCGCUAUCCUCAGCCAUUGAGUCAUUUAGUGUCUGACCCUACUGUAGUGUGCAGUUCUUUUGUCUACAAGUAAUAGUUAAUUUAUGGUGCCUUUGUGGAUGAUUGUGUGACUUUCUUCAGUUUGUUAGAAGAUGGUGGGUCUGGCUACUUCUACAGCAAUUGUUAAUGCGAUGGAACUCUUGGUGACUGAACUGAAUGUGUUGCUCAAGCUGCUAGACCAUGAGACCUUGAGUUCUGCUACAGAGGAGAAGAAAUGUGCCGUGAGGAACCUUGUGAAACAGCUGAAGCCCUCAGUCACUGGACCAGAAUACAUGUACAUGAACACCUCUGUCUGCAGAAAUGGCACUAGCUUUGUGGAAGCCCUUUUUGAUAACUUUGACUGCAACCUUAGUGAGCUGAAAGUUGAAGUAGAAGAACAGAAGAAAAGCCUCAAAACAAACCAGUUUGCAUCUAAACCUAUUACACCAGAUUCAGCACCUCCACUUCCCACCACCCCACCUCCAGAGGACUACUAUGAGGAGGCUGUGCCACUCAGCCCUGGUACUGUGCCAGAGUACAUAACCAGCCGCAGUAGCUCCAGUCCUCCUAACUCCAUUGGGGAUGGAUACUAUGAAGACACAAACAAUAACUGUCCAAAUGUCAGCAUGAACAGGCGGCGCAAAAACUCUUAUAAUGAUUCAGAUGCUCUGAGUAGUUCCUAUGAGUCAUAUGAUGAGGAAGAGGAGGAAAGGGGUCAGCAUUUAACCCACAAGUGGCCCUCAGAGGAGAACUCCAUGGCCCCAGUGAGGGAUUGCCGUAUCUGUGCCUUCCUGCUGAAGAAGAAGCGAUUUGGUCAGUGGGCCAAACAACUCACGGUCAUCCGUGAGAACAGACUUCAGUGCUACAAAAGCUCCAAAGACCAGUCUCCCUACAUGGACCUGCCGCUUAAUCUGUGCAAUGUCAUAUAUGUGCCUAAGGAUGGGAGGAAGAAGAAGCACGAGCUUCGCUUCUCUCUGCCAGGUGGAGAGGCUCUGGUGUUGGCUGUACAGAGCAAAGAGCAGGCAGAUAAAUGGCUCAAGGUGGUGCGUGAAGUAAACAGUCUGGGGACUACACUGGACAUCUCAGCAUCUCCCAUGAUCCCCCGAAAAAGAGAAAAAGAGCCAGAAAAAGACUUGGACAAGAGAUUGUCUGGUGAGAAACAUGCAUCAGAUUCGGAUAGCAUGCCUAGUGGAGAAAGUAGCCGAGACAGCCGGGAGAAUGGUAAGCCUAAGCGGGUUGCUCUGUCAGAAUUAACAGGUACAAUGAGCAGAGCAGCUGGGCGCAAGAUCAAUAGGAUCAUUAGCUUUUCCAAAAGGAAGCCACCUCUACCUGGAUAUACACGAACAUCAUCUCUUGACGAGAACCCUCGUUGUGGUUAUCUGAGUGUUUUGGUGAACCAGAGCUGGAAGGAACAGUGGUGCCGUGUAAGAUGCGGCUCACUCCACCUUCAUAAUGAGAAAGUUGAUGGGUGGCGGAGUCCACACACCUCCAUUGUCCUACGUGGUUGUGAAGUGGUGCCAGGGCUUGGGCCCAAGCACCCUUUCGCCCUCAAAAUACUAAGAGGUGGCACUGAGGUGGCAGCGUUAGAGGCAAGCUGCUCCGAAGAAAUGGGCUGUUGGCUUGGAGUUCUUUUGGCAGAAACUGGUUCUUCUACUGAUCCAGAGUGCUUGCACUAUGACUAUGUGGAUGUGGAGACCAUCACCAGUAUUCGUUCAGCUGCUCGUUAUUCUUUUCUAUGGGCUACCUCCACAGAGUCAAGGACUUAUGAUGAGGUCCCUUAUGAGGAAACAGAGCAGGAGAAUGAGAGGCUGAAGAAUGGGUAUCUAGUAAAGCGCCGGUCAGCUAGUAGUGACAGAAGUAUGGCCAAGCCUCAGGUCACCGUUAAGCGCCAUGGCUCUAAUGCAAAUCAGUAUGGAAGGUAUGGGAAAACACGGGCUGAGGAGGAUGCACGCCUCUACCUGAGGGAGAAAGAGGAACUGGAGAGACAGAAAGACCAUGUCAGGAAUGCACUGGUGUUACUGCGAAAGGAAAAACGAGAAGCCAAGGAGAGAAUGAAGGUUGCAACAGAUAAACAGUGGCUGGCACUUGAGGAGUGUGUGACCCAACUGGAGGAGAGCUGCCAGAUAAAGGAAGGUGAAUGUGUGGAGUUGGAGCUCAAACUUACUCAGGUUAAAGAGAAUCUGAAGAAAUCUCUGGCUGGAGGAACUUUAGGGGCACCUGUAGAGACCAAACCAUUAGGCAAGAAGACUCGGAGAAGUGAGGUACCAUACAUUGAGUCAGUAAUUCCAGUCAACUGUGCCUCUGAAAUGCGAAAGCGCCCCCUGUCCAUCUGUGCGUCUACAAAGGGAAAUGUUAUGCAGAAAGCCAAGGAAUGGGAAUCUAAAAAAGGGAAGUGCUGAAGAUGUCCUGGACUGUUUUUUUUUUUUUUCUUUUUUAUGUGUGUUCAAGUGAACACAAGAACCUGCCCCCAUUCCUCAUUUGAACAUAAAACUGCACAUUUUAUAAAACUGCCUUGUCUCUGUAUAAUUGACAGUAUUUACAGGAUUACAUCAGAGGAAUCAGAUGCUCUUUUUGGGGGAGGGGGAACCAUGAGGUACAUAUACAAAUGUCAUUUUCUUUAAAUCAUUAAAAAAAUGUCAUAGUAUACUACUUUGGGGAAUAUGACUAUGGUGGAGGUAUGUGAUACAUCCAAAUAAACCACUCUUGUUCCACUUA